GCAGGCCUCUUCAGUCACCCACGAUUCGAAUUCUUUCACAAUCCCCUCACUAAAGAUUAGAUUUAGGAACGAUUCACUUUGACAACUAGAGGAACAUCUCGUCGAAGAUUUUGAAGUGGUUCACCUUCACUCUCCAGGUAAAGAAGAUAGAUUGAUUCGCCAACUUCCUUAUUGGAUUCACAAGCAACCAGGCACUCUCUCUCAAUUAGUUAUCAGUGGUCCGAGUCUAAAUAUUCACAACUGAAAAUGCCGGCCUCCCAGUCUCCUUUCAAGUCGCGAUCUCCAUUGAAGGAGCUUCGCCCCGAGGUCGAAAGUCCCUUCAAACUUUCGCCGACGAAACUCACUCCGAUGAAGGUGCUGAAGAAUGAUUUCCUCAGCGAAGAUGGAAAUGAGGUGAUCCCGAAGCUGAAUAAGCGUCAAGAGGACGACGAUGAGAUGCAGGUGGAUGACAAUGCACACGUCGCGCCCAAGAAGACGAAGAAGACCACGAUCCUUGAGCCCUUGACCCCGUCUAAAGCACCACUGUGGAUCCGCUGGAAAUUUUAAGUCUGGAUCUUUGUUUGAACUGUGUGUAAGUCAGGGCCACUUUAUUUGUCACAGGUACUCCAUGGGCAGAAACACUCCUAGCGAAACAAAUUGAGAUCAGUGGACAAGAAGUCAUAGCAUGAAAAAGCUUCGAACUAUAAAAGUAUCCUUGGUUAUAGAUACUUUGUUCUUUAGUGUAUUCACCUCUCUUCUUGUCUAAUACAACAAGCGAGCCCAAGAAUACAAGGAUCAAUACGACAAGGCGCUGAUGGACCACGAGCGCGCGCUGCAGAUGAUGGGAGACGACCUUGGCCUGGGCGGCCCUUCCCCUGCAGGCGAAGCUGCUUCCUCCUCUCUGAUCGUUGCCUCGCCGGCUCCUCUGCCAGCGGCGCAGCGUACGCCCGGUUCCAGCGUCCCGUCCAACACCAGCGAGGAGUACUUACUUUGCUUUGUUUUUAUGAUAGUUACUUCCCAGGUAUCAAUAGCUACGAUUAUCCAUUGAUCUGAUUCUGAUCACGCAUGUUUCUGCUUUGGUGUGCGUGCGGUUCUAUGCGUUGUGUCGCUCUACCUUCACGCCUUUUGAUUAUAGAUGCUAAAGCUUCUCUGCUGCCGCAUCACAGCGCCACUUAUGAGUGACUUAUAAUCCAUUUUGGGACGAAUGUCCCUAGGUAGGAGCGACCGCUGUAUCUCUGUAUCUAUCAGCCCAUGGGGAACGAAAUAUUUUAAGUUGAAUGGUCACUGGUAGAGAGACUGACUGCGUCCAUCUGUCAAUCUUGAGCUUUCACCUACUACAUUUUUCUUUCUCUCAGGUACGGAAUGGCCGGCGAUCCCAAGGACAU